AUGAAUAGGCCCUCUAGAAUCAAACCUCUUCAGGAGUCGGUGGUUAACAAGAUCGCUGCUGGAGAGAUCAUCGUAGCUCCAGUAAAUGCCCUCAAAGAAAUGAUGGAAAACUCCAUCGACGCGGGGUCCUCAUCUAUUGAUAUUCUAGUACGGGAUGGUGGACUGAAAGUACUACAAAUAACCGACAAUGGAUCAGGAAUAAACAAAGAAGACCUAUCCAUUCUGUGCGAAAGGUUCACCACCUCAAAAUUGAAAUCAUUUGAUGAUCUAAGCUCCAUUCAGACAUAUGGAUUUCGAGGCGAAGCUUUGGCGAGUAUUUCACACAUUGCUAGAGUCACCGUAACUACUAAAGUGAAGGAAGACGCCUGCGCGUGGAAAGUAUCGUACGCUGCAGGGAAAAUGCUGGGAGAACCGAAACCUGCCGCAGGCAAAGAUGGGACUGUUAUUUUGGUGGAGAACUUAUUUUACAACAUUCAUUCGCGACUCAGGACUCUGAAAUCUCCAAAUGAAGAAUUUGCUAAGAUUUUGGAUUGUGUAGGACGCUAUUCUAUUAAUGCCGCCCACGUAGGCUUUUCGUGUAAAAAGUUUGGAGAGUCACAUUUCGCAUUAUCAGUUAAGGGAAAUUCAAACUCACGGGAUAGAAUACGAUCGGUUUUUGGUCGUUCCGUGAGUAUUAACCUAGUUGAUCUGUCCUUAGAGGUCGCAGAGCUUGGUCUUGCUGCCCGUGGCCAAGUUAGUAACCUCAACUUUAUCAGCAAAAAGGCCAUUUCGCCAGUUCUUUUUAUUAACGACCGUCUGGUAAGUUGUGACCCAAUCAGACGAGCCUUGAACCAAGUGUAUGGGUCUUUUCUGGCUAAGGGUAACAAACCGUUCAUUUUUCUCAGUAUUCGAAUAAGACCUGACUGGGUGGACGUAAACGUACAUCCAACCAAGCGGGAGGUCCGCUUUUUGAGGGAUGAGGAAAUUGUAGAACGGCUUGCAAGUCAAUUAGAGGAUACCCUCUCAAAGGUUGACACCACCCGUUCUUUUAAGACUACAUCAAUAUUCACCUCUAAUCCAGUAUCGGUUAGAGAAGGCUUGGGCCAGCCUCAUUCCCAGCUUCUCAACAAUAUGCCUGUUACACCGCGAAACAACAAGAUGCACCGUCAAGACAACAAAUUGAUAAGGAUCGAUGCCUCUCAGAACAAGAUUACUAGUUAUCUUAAGAGUGCCGAGUACUCACCUACUACAGCCCACCAAACUCGGGAUACUGCUAUUUCUCAAGAUUCAGGUGGAAGUCCGCAGCUUUCGAAUAUUGUGAAUGAGAAAGACUCGAUUACGCCCUCAACUAAUCACGAUAAAAAAUCUAUCUAUACAAUGUUAGCAAAAGGGAAAACAGAUGUCAACCUUUCAAGCAUUAAGACAUUAAGGAAGUUGGUUGAUAGUGAGACUGACCAAAAGCUAACCAAUACAUUUGCCAACUUAACUUAUGUCGGAAUUGUAGAUGAGCAAAGGAGGUUGGCCACAUUUCAGUAUGGUUUAGGACUGUUCCUGGUUGACUAUGCUUCGAUUUGCUCUGACCUUUUUUAUCAAAUAGGUCUAACAGAUUUUGCGAAUUUUGGAAAGAUCUAUUUGAAGAGAGACGACAGUCCAGAUCCUUCCCAAGGUAUAUCCAUUGCAAGAAUAAUAAACGACACUCUGAAUGUUAAAAACGAUGACCUAGACUCUUUGUUAGAAAACCUUUGGAAUAUGAGAGAUAUGCUCGAUGAGUAUUUUUCUAUAGAGCUUUACGACGGAGAGAAAAACUUGGAACUUAUGAAAGUCCGGAGUAUACCAAUGCUGCUAAAAGAUUAUAAUCCUCCGCUCUCUAAACUAGGGCUGUUCUUUUAUAAGAUGGGCAAGAAAGUAAAUUGGUCCGACGAGAUGAUGUGCCUGCAAGGCAUUUUAAAGCAGAUAGCUCUAUUGUAUGUGCCAGAGGUGAUUGAAAAAAUUGAUCCACAAGAUGCUUCAAUUGAUGAAGAAGUAAUGGCUAAGAACAUUGCCAAAGUUGAACAUAUGGCCAUUGCCCUCGAAGAGGUGAUAUUCCCUUGCGUGAAAAAGAGAUUCCUGGCUUCUGAGUCUCAACAAAGUAGCAUAGUCGAGAUAGCCAAUUUGCCAGGCUUAUAUAAGAUUUUUGAACGAUGUUAA